UGAUAUAGAUUAUUACUCUCCCAUGAAUUUCUACUGAUCAUGUUCAAUUUGAAAAUUCAAAAAUACAAAAUAUGGAAAAGAUGGUGGCUGUUCCACGCCAUGGACUUUCAAUCUUUAAUGUAUCCCUGCUUCACUUUCUGUCGUGUUCUCGGAAUGUUUCCAUACAAGAUCAACGCUUCAACUUUCGAGGCUUCAAAACCGCGUUACAUUUUGUCGACCGUGAUAGUUGGCAUUUGCGGCAUUUAUGACCUGAUACUCAUUUACAAUUUUAUUUAUAAAAUCGACUUAGGAGACGUGACCAAAACUCUUGAGGCUGUCUGUUAUUAUACGUUCAGCUGCUUUAUAGUGAUUGUAACACACAUUUUGAGUGGUCCAAAAAUGCGUUUGCUACAGACUAUAUUAAAGAUCUCUUCGAAACUACCUCCGAAGUCGUAUCAAAAAUUGUCCAGAUUAAUCCAUGUCAAGGAUAUCUUCGGUACUAUCUUCUUAUUCAUGCAAAUAUGCUUUUAUUUUUCUAAACAACGUAUGUUUGAAAUCAAUUAUUUGACUGCCCUGCCUGUGGUGUUCACUGUGUACUUGACUCUGCUGGAAUUUCAGAUAAAUAUGUUGUACAUGAAUUGUAUAUGUGUAUUAAAAAACUGUUUCAAGACAAUUAACAAGAAUGUGACACAUAUGAAAAAACUUGUAGUAAACGAUAUAACGUCGUGUGUACCCACAGUCAUUUACAAAAAGCAGAGAAAUCAACAUUUCUUGAUGAAACUUACAAAGCUGAAAAAGCAACAUAUGAUUGUUAGCGACACAGUGCAAAUGCUGAAUGUAAUCUUCAGUCCGCAACUUCUUGCUACUAUAUUCAUGUUCUUUUGUAAUAUCACUUUUGAAAUGUACUCAUAUGUAGUGCGAUGGCAAGAUGGGAUACUCAUUGAGAUUGAUACGAACUUUCUUGAUGUAUUUUUGAUAUCAAUAACGUUAAAUAUUUUUAAAAUAACGUUACUUAUAUGGGCCUGUGAGACCGGCAAGAAUCAGGCCCGAGAGAUCGGCACCACCAUUCAUGAUGUACUGAAUAGCACUAGCAAUGAACAAAUUAAAAACGAGCUGCAGUUGUUUUCUUUACAAAUUCUGCAUCGCGGAAAUACAUUUUCAACGAAAGGUCUCACUAUAGAUGCGACACUUGUCACAACAGUAAGUAAUCAAUCAUUUACUUUAAUCAUAUAUUGUUUAUAUUUUUAAUUAUUAUUUUCAGAUGGUGGG